GCUGGUCGCUCACACUGACCAGCUCACAACCAAAGUGCUGCCGUGUCCCUCUGCCACUGAGCGAGCUUUAAAGCACAACCAUCCCCUGAAAAACUGAGACAUUACUCCAAAGGAAGUUAUUCCUCAAGUCUACAGAUCAGACGUAUAACUAUAAACCAAAGGAAAAGUGUCACAGAGGGAGGAAACCAAAACAGCAGAUCUGAAUAUCAGCAGCAGUUAUGACUCAAAGCAACGGAGAGAAUCCACAGAGGACCCAAGGUGGUCUCCAUCGGAUCAGAGCUGGAAUCCAUGCUCGCUCGCUACUGGCCAAAAAGAGAGUGGAGAGUAUCACAAAAGAUGAUGUGAAAGGAUGUUUCAUGAGAAAUGCAUUUGUGAUCUUCACAGUCGCUGCUGUCAUCCUCGGUAUUAUCUUAGGAUUUGCCCUGCGGCCCUAUAAGAUGUCAUAUCGUGAAGUGAAGUUCUUCUCUUUCCCUGGAGAGCUGCUCAUGAGAAUGCUGCAGAUGUUGGUGCUACCCCUGCUAGUUUCCAGUCUCAUUACAGGUAUGGCUGCUCUGGACAGUCGGGCAUCUGGUAAGAUGGGUAUGAGAGCAGUGGUCUACUACACCUCCACUACCGUCAUUGCUGUGUUCAUUGGUAUUGUCAUGGUGCUCAUUAUCCAUCCUGGAAAAGGAUCUAAGGAUGAGUUCACCAAACAGCAGCAGAUUGAGCAGGUUAGCCCUGCUGAUGCCUUCUUGGACCUGAUCAGAAACAUGUUUCCUCCCAACCUUGUGGAAGCCUGCACCAAACAGUUUAAGACGCAGUAUGCCAAGAGAGUUGUCCAAGUGACACUGACUGUGAAUGAGUCAAUUUUCACGGUCAAUGGAAGUCAGGAGAUUACACGAGAGGAAAUGAUCCCAGUCCCAGGUGCUGUGAAUGGAAUAAAUGCACUUGGCCUGGUGGUCUUCUCCAUGUGCUUUGGUCUUAUCAUUGGGAGCAUGAGGGAGCAGGGGCAACCUCUGAAGGACUUCUUCGACUGUCUCAAUGAGGCCAUCAUGAGACUGGUCGCCAUAAUCAUGUGGUAUGCCCCCAUUGGUAUCCUGUUCCUGAUUGCCGGUAAGAUAGUGGAAAUGGACGACAUCACAGCCAUGGGUGGACAACUGGGCAUGUACACAGUGACAGUCAUUUGUGGCCUGCUCAUCCACGCCAUCUUUGUCCUGCCAACUCUCUACUUUGUUGUCACCAGGAAGAACCCCUUCGUCUUCAUCGCAGGGCUGUUGCAGGCACUGAUCACUGCUCUGGGGACAUCCUCAAGCUCUGCCACAUUGCCCAUUACAUUUAAAUGCCUGGAGGAAAACAACAAAGUGGACAAGCGCGUGACCCGUUUCGUGCUCCCUGUUGGAGCCACUAUUAACAUGGAUGGCACAGCCCUGUAUGAAGCCCUGGCAGCCAUCUUUAUUGCACAGGUUAAUGAUUAUGACCUUAACUUCGGACAGAUUCUCACCAUUAGUAUCACAGCCACAGCAGCCAGUAUUGGUGCAGCUGGAAUCCCUCAGGCAGGACUGGUCACCAUGGUGAUAGUACUAACGUCUGUAGGCCUUCCCACUGAUGACAUCACACUCAUCAUUGCUGUUGAUUGGUUCUUGGACCGAUUGCGUACCACCACCAAUGUCCUUGGAGACUCUAUCGGUGCAGGUAUAGUGGAGCAUCUGUCUCGCCAUGAGCUGCAGAACAAGGACCCAGAGACAGGCAACUCAGUGGUGGAGGAGACCAACAAGAAGCCGUAUCAACUCAUCUGUCAGGAGAAUGAGUAUGAGAAUGAGAGGCCUCCUAACAGCGAGACCAAGAUGUAGGGAUGAAACUUUGUCAUCGUGCAUACAUGCAUUCUUAGGAAAACAUUGCACCUUUGAUCCAUAUUCUGAUUUGUUUGCUACCUGCCACUGUAUGAAUCUGAGAAAACUGGAACAUUCACAUUAAAAUGAUCGAAGCUACCAACAGUAUAAAUAUCAUUAUGAGCCAAGAUGAGUUUAUUUAAUGUGUUAGGUUAAAUAAGAGGUUGAAUAUUUCUUUGAUAAGACACAUCUGAAACGGUUCACUGUUGUAUUGUUUUUCCAAGGGUCUGAGCUGAUGCGUCUUAGUGUACAUGCGCAUAUCUGCCAUUGGGUGGCAGCUGUUUAGCAUUGCAACUGAACUUCUCUGGAGCAUGAUGGUCCUUGGCCUAUAUGCCAUAUCCAACUCUUGUCAGAACUGUGAUGACUAAUCUCACCCACUAGAGGCCAGUAUUGCUGUGAGUUUUACUGUCUUGUACAAACACUGCUGGCUUUAAAGCUGUUGCUUUUAUUUUGCUUCAGUGUAAAAUAUGACUUGUUUUCGCAAUGAAGAAACUGCAAAAAGACAAAAAAUUGUACACAGAUGCCAAAAUGGUUGGAUAUCAUGCACAUAUGCUGAGUUUACCAGGUUGACCACUUUAGGGAACAAGGGCUUUUAAUUUACAGUGCAAACAUCUGUACAGACAGAUGAGGCUUUAUUCUCUGUGCUUUUUUGUUUUUGUACAGGUAGAAACUGAAUAAUGCGUAUGCUUUUUUUUAAAAUCCUAACUGUUCAAACCAGUACUAUUGGCACAGAGCUUUGGCAAAUGCCAUUGCACCUGCUCUACAAUUCUUGUUUAUUUGUGAAAUAUUUAGCAUAAAUCCCAAACCAGUGGCUACAAUCAUUAAGGCUGAUAAACCAAAAUCAUCCAGUCAUGUUUUCAGCAAUGAAAUUCACGAGAAUCUGGUCAGUCAUGAAAUGAGGAUUUUAGACAGUUCAAUUCUUACCAAAACAAAAAUCACCAAAUCAUCCAGAUGCUCCUUGAUACCAAACCAUAUCCCAAAAAUCAUUAAUUACCACACAGUAAUGAUUUACGUACAUAUCUGUACAGAUCAGCUUGCCUUUUGAGGCUAACCCAUAACUCUAAUAUGGCCCACAAAGACUUUUUUCAUUUUUUAGUUGCAACAUUCAGUGUAGAAUAUGUUUUGUAUUAAAUUUUAAAAAAUGAAAGUAGUUUUGAUAUGUAUGUUUAAAAUUUUGAUAGCGUUUUUUCCGGUUAAUGAAAUCUAAUGCUCAUUUCAUAUGAUGUACUUCAAAUGCAUGUUGUAAAAUAACAGAUCUGACUUCCUUUACAUCCUUUUUCUUUUGUAGCUUGAGGUUGUGCUGUUUUGCAUUUGAAUUCAUUAUACAUACAACGUGUAACAUUUAAAUAUACAGUAAGAGGCCUUGUAUAGAAGAUUUGUCUGAAUAUACUGUACAUGUAUAGAGAAAUGUAGAUAAAUUUGUAUAUUAAUUGUAGCUUUAAUCUGUCAAAGGUUACUUGAGGAUUACUAAUGUAAAGAUGCUGUAACCAUGCUUCUAU